AUGCCUCCAGAUCAACCCGCCCUCAACUGCGCCUACAACCGCGACGAUGUCGUCGCUGGUCUCACUCAAUACUACUCAGCCCUUACGCGCCUGGCCUACAUUCCAUCAACAUAUGUCGACUUCCCCCCGCCAGGAGGCUGGACAGAUGCCGACCUAGAUAUCGGCGCCCUGCGCGCUCUGCGACGCUCCGAGGUCGUUAUCGACCUGCUGCGCCAUCUCCCCUACGCCAGACCGAUGCACGACGGACCUCGUCCGGGCCCCUGGAACGUCGCACCACAGACCAAGGCUGUGCGCUACCUCCGUCACAUGGGACACUUCAGCCAGUGGUCCGAUCGCGGCGACGCGGGGCUUCACGAGCUCGCUGCCCUUCCCACACGCGAUACGGGAGCGGCACCGAUGGAUUUGCCGCCGGAUGUU